CACGAGUUUCUUAUUUAUAUAUAAACCAACCAUAAAACAUAAAGCCAACUCAGAGUCACAGAGAAGCUAUCUUAGUUCCAAGCUGUUUAUUACCUUGCAGCCUCAGCAAACUCUCUAAAAUGUGACUUUGUUGUUGUACGUGUGAGUGAGCCUAAACAGUACGGAUAUUUGAGCAAAGGAACAAAUAUAGAAGUGUCCAAUGCGUGCCAACAAUACCCUUUACUCUCUCUAAAGUCUAAACACAAACAAUUAUCACUCUCCCUCUUUGUUCUCUACUUCUCCAUUCACAUCUGUGCGCCAACCGGCUAGCUAGCGAGGAUGAGUAAACAAGACAUGCUGAAAGUUCAGAAUUGCCUUCUCAAGGUCAAUAUCCACUGUGAUGGCUGUGAGCAGAAAGUAAGGAAAAUCCUGCAGAAAAUUGAUGGGGUGUAUUCUGUGAACAUAGAUGCGGAGCGAGGGAAGGUGAUGGUGUCAGGACAUGUAGAUCCAGCGAAACUGAUAAAAAAGCUGAAGAGGUCAGGGAAGCAUGCCGAACUUUGGGGUGGCCAGAGAGGCAUGAUGUUCAACCCCAACACCUACCCUCAGUUCAAGAACUUGCACAUAGAUAACACAAAAGGGGGCAAGGACAAUAAGUCUCAGAACCACAAGGGUGGUGGUGGUCAACUAGCACACUUCCAAAAUACUAAAGGAGUGUCAAAAGUACCUCCCAAGAAUCAGAAAUCUGUCAACUUCAACUUAUCAGAAGAUGAACUUGAUGAUGAGAGUGAUUUUGAUGAAUUUGAUGAUGACUAUGAUGAUUUUGAAGACGAUUUAGAUGAUUUUGAUGAGGAGGAUGAAGAGGAAGAGUAUGGAUAUGGACAUGGACAUGGACAUGGACAUGGACAUGGACAUGGACAUGGUAAUGGUAAUGGCCAUGGCCAUGGCCAUGGCCAUGGGCAUCCUAUGCAGCAUAACAAGAUGAUGGCUAUGAUGGGGCAGAUGGGGAAUGGACGUGGGCCACAUGGGCCUGGUGGAAUGAUGAAUGGGCCUGGCAAUAAAGGGAAUGUAGGUGGGAAUUAUGGGGGUGUGAAGAAGGGUGAAGUCAUUGAUCUACCUAUACAAAUGAAGGGUAAAGGUGGAAACUUCAACGAGGGCAAAGGUGGAAAAAAAGGUAAUGGAGAUGGGGGUGCAAAGAGCAAAGGUGGAAAGCAAAAGGGUGGCGGUGGGGGAGAUAAUCAUGGAGGUAACAAGAAAAAGAACUCCAAAGCCAAAAAUGGUGGUGGUGGUGGUUUCCUUGUUCGGUUCCUAGGCUUAGGAAAAAAGAACAAGAAAGGAGGUGCAACCGACACAACAAACAAGAGCAAAAACAACAACGGUGGAAACAACAAAGGAAAGAAAGAUGGAGGAGGUAAAUUCGACAAAAUUGACUUUGACUUUGAAGAUUUUGAUAUCCCUCCCAAGGGUAAAAAUGGAAAGAGCGGUAAUGGAAAUGGUAAUGGCAAGGUAAAUAAUAAUGACAAGGGUCAUAGUCAUAGUCAUGGUCAUGGCGGCAAUAAUGGUAAUGUGGCUCAGAUGGGCCCAAUGGGUCAGAGGGGCCCCAUGGAGCACAUGAGGAAUAUCAAUAUCCCGACGGUGCAAGGACUACCGGCAGCAGCUGCGGCAGCGGCGGCGGGGAUGAACGGUGGUUACUACCAAGGGAUGCAGAUGCAGAUGCAACAACCUAACCCUUACAUGCAGCAGCAACAACAACAGCAAUACAUGGCCAUGUUGAUGAACCAACAACAACAACAACAGCAACAGCAAGCAAACAUGAACAUGAACAUGAACAUGAACAUGUACCCACCACACAUGUUGUAUGGGAGGCCACAUCAACAUCCUUCCAUGAACUACUAUCCGAUGCCGCCAAUGCCGUCGCACCCCAUGGCGGAUCCCAUCACGCACGUCUUCAGUGAUGAGAACACUGAGAGCUGCAGUAUCAUGUAAAUUAUUAUUAUUAUUACCGGUAGUAGUAAUGGCUUAGUUUGUUUUAGGCUUCUAUUAUUUGUUUCUAGUAUUUUGGGGGGUUUCAUUAAAUUUUGUCCUAGUGCUAGAAAUAUGUGCAACAUUUUAGGACUAGUAGUAUUACUAUUACAUGUAUCAUGUCAUGUGCUGUUUCUUUAUUUUGCUCCGCUCCUGAGUAGGCCAUCACAGACUCUCACAUGGCCUUUUAUUUCCUCAAAUUAAAUGGAGCCAUGCGUCCUGCAAAAUAUUCAAUGCUCUAGAUUCUCUUGGCUUUGCUAUUGGCCAAAUAUGUUCUUUUCACACACAUGUUGCUCACAAUAUUCAAUACUUCACUUUAAAUUUCAAUCCUCUA